GAGACCUCCUCAAGAUGCCUGACAGAAUCCGUCACCAACGCCCACAACUUUGAGGUGACUAGCUACUCGCUGCUCCAGGGUAUGGGUGCCGGCAAGUUCAUUAGCUCAAACACAUUCAACGUCGACGGCUAUGGCUGGAACAUCGGAAUAUAUCCUGAUGGAUGGAAGGAGGAUACAGGUGCCUACAUGUCGGCCUUCUUGUGUUUCUGCAGUGGGACAACAGAUGCAAAGGUGAAGUUCACAUUUAGUUUAUUGGAGAAAGAUAGAGAAGUUAAUAAGCUAGAGAGCACGACAUAUACCUUUAAGUUAGUAGGUGGUUAUUGGGGCUGGGAGAAGUUUAUUAUGAACUCCAAGCUUAAGGAACAGUUAUCCCGCAAUGAUGACUGCUUCACAAUCAGAUGUGUUUUGACCAUCUUGAAAGAGCCUCGUAUAGAAGAUAGCACAGUCAUAGUCCCAGUUCCACAGUCGGAUCUGCACAUGCACUUCGCAAACAUGUUGAAGGAUGGAGAAGGCAUGGAUGUGACGUUCAGUGUCCGUGAUCAACUCUUCAAUGCACACAGAUGCGUGUUAGCUGCGCGGUCGUCUGUCUUCAAGGCUGAGCUCUUUGGUCAGAUGAAAGAGACCACCAUGAAACACGUCAAGAUUGAUGACAUGGAGCCUUCCAUCUUUGAGGCACUUCUUCACUUCAUAUACACGGAUACUCUGCCAAGCAACUGUGAGGUUGAUCAGAAUGUGGCAUUGCAGCACUUGUUGGUUGCCGCAGAUCGGUAUGGACUGGAGAGGCUCAAGGCUAUUUGUGAAGGGAAACUAUGCCAGAGAAUCGAUGUGCAAACAGUUGCAACCACCCUUGCUUUAGCGGAGCAGCACGGCAUCGUGCAACUCAAGAAUGCCUGUCUCAGAUACCUUUCUUCACAGGGCGUGCUUCAAGCUGUCAAGGAGACUGAUGGAUUCAAGCACCUGACAACAAGCUGUCCAUCAAUUAUGGUGGACAUUUUAGACAUAGUCGCCCCACCUUCAGUAGUAUGAGCAGUCUGGCUGAGUAUUUAGUAGUAUCCGACUUGUCCCACUUCAAGCUGUCAAGUGUGAAGAUCUAGUAGUACUCUAUCGAUUUUAAUCAUCUGUCCAGUGUAUCCACUGUAAGACGGAACUUCUCUUCGGGAAUGUGUGCUCUAUGGUCUGCUUAUUGGCACUGAAAAUUCUACUAGUACUAAUUAAUUUU